AUGAUCAAGAGUGUGAUUUGGGACGAGCCACAUCGAUUGAUCAUCAACGGCCUGUUGAGCGUUGAAAGAAGGUUUGGAAGCGACUGGCUCUCCGUCGGAUCCGGCAAGAAGGCCAUGUUCUUAGAGACCGAUACUCGAGAGAUCAUCUUCCAACGUGUGCUCACUUAUCCCAUUUCGUCUUGCUCCCUCGCACCUCGGACUCGGGAUCGAUUGGUUACUGGUAGCUCCAACGACGGUUGGGUUCGAGUUCAUGACACAAUUUCUGGUGAAAUGAAAGAAGAAAACAAAGGGCAUCAGGGUCCAGUGCAUUCCAUUGCUUUUUCACCUGAUGGAGAGCUAUACGCUUCAGGCUCUGAAGAUGGUACCAUCAGAUUAUGGCAGACGACACCAAAGAAUUGUGGGCUUUGGAGGUAUGAUGCUUAG